UUUUUGCGCACGGCUCUUGUUCGUUUCCAGACACGUGGUCGGAUUUCUUUCUGGACAAGAACAAGCGAAAGAACGAACGGCCAGCACUGUCCGUGUGAGAAAAGAAUCCUAGAAAAGAAGAGCAGAGUGGACGCUUCGGGGAAAGAAGAGUUUCUCACAGACCAAUGGCCUUAGCCAAAGAGGAUGACAUGGAUGGAAGACUGGUACACAUUAAGCAAGAGGACAGUGAGUGGGGUUCAUGUGAGGAUUUGUGGGUGAAAUCAAAAGAUUGUGAAGAGGUCAUUUCCGAUUUUAAAGAGGAGGAGUUUGAGGGGGAAAUUAUUCAGGUUAAAGUUGAGGAGUCUGAAGAUUUUCCAGUCAGUCUUGAACUGCAAAAACAUGAAACGUUUUCCAGGCAAGAUGCGUUUGAAGAAUGUCAUUCCAGUUUACAGCCCCGCUUUGCUAAUUCAGGACAACUGUUAACCAGACAGAAUUCAAUGGACUGGAUAUGCAAGGGUGCUGAGUUUGAAGAGGAAAUCACAGAUGGAAGCAGGAGAGACUAUGAAGAGCAGCAGUCAUCUAGGCGUGUCAAAAUAAGUUUCCAGGAGAGUGGCACUUUCUCCCCACCGACAUUUUCUAAGACUUCUCAGGAGAAGAAGAAGAAGAAGGACAAGAAAUCAGUAGGUGGACCAAAGAGUUUGACCCCGGCCUCUUUCCACUGCAGCUCUCUUCCUGCUGCCGAACAAGCACAGAUAGGACCCACCAACAGUGACCAACAUCACCAGCAUCAUACAAAUCAAGACGCUCAGAAUGCAUUCAGAGAGUGCAGAAAACAUUUCAAAAACCCUCCUGACUGUAAAGACCAUAAGCAGGUUUAUUUGAAACAGAAGCCAUGUGCCUAUUCUGAAUGUGGCAAAAUACUGCAACACAGCCAAAACCUUCACGAUAUCAAAAUAAUUCGCAUUGCAGAGAAAACUCAUUGCUGUUCCGAGUGUGGCAAACAUUUCUCAAGACUAAGCCAUCUGCAUAGGCACACAAGAACCCACACUGGAGAAAGACCUUAUUGCUGUUCUACGUGUGGCAAGAGAUUCUGCUACAGCAACGCUCUUCAGAGGCACACAAGAAUCCACACAGGAGAAAAACCUUAUUGCUGUUCCGAAUGCGGCAAGCGAUUUUCCGACAGAAGCGAUCUUCAGAAUCACACAAGAAUUCAUACUGGAGAGAAGCCAUAUCACUGCACUGAAUGUGACAAAAAAUUCACUAAUAGCAGCAAUCUUAACAAGCACAAACAGAUUCACAGUGGGGAGAAACCUUAUUGCUGUUCUGAGUGUGAUAAACGAUUCUCCAGCAACAGCAAUCUUCAGAAGCAUUUGAGAAUCCACACUGGAGAAAAACCUUAUCGGUGUUCUGAAUGCGGCAAGCAGUUCUCACAAGUCAGUCAUCUGAACAGGCACAAACGGACCCACACGGGGGAAAAACCUUAUAGCUGUGGUAAAUGUGGCAAACGAUUCUCUAACAGUAGCGCUCUGCAGGGACACAAGAGAAUCCACACUGGAGAUGAGCCAGAUGUGGAAUAAAACUUAGAUUGUGCCAGUGGUGCUGGGAAUCUACAGGCCUUAUCCAAAAAAAAAAUCCAAGGCCAUCUGGAUGCCUGACCCAUCACCAUCACUCCAUAGGAUUUACAGAAGGAAGCAUUAUUAGGGACAAUGCAAGUGCAACGUCAAGCUCUGGCAGCAAACCUAAGAGGAUAAAAACAGUAGCGAUGCAAACCUCAGGACACAAGAGUGAGGUUCACUCCUAUCCGGAAAAAGUAACCAAACUAAAACCGGUGUUGAGAAAAUUAAUCUCGGAGAGAAAAAAAUGUAAUUGCUGCUUUGAACGUGGGAAUCGGUUCUCCAACAGAA